UAUUUUUUCGCAAAGUCAGGGAUUAUACAAAAUAAAGAAAAAAAUGAAGAAUGUAGUCAAAUUAACGUAGCUGGCCGAAUAAGGCCAGGUUAACAUAUAUAUGCUGAUACAAGUAUGGACUUUGUACAACUGAGUGAUUUAAUUCAUUUGAUGUAACUCAAUAUAGGAAAUCCCCUCAAUGGAGUUUUUACAACAAUGGAGUGUUUGCGGAUCUCAAAUUUGAAAGGAUUGCAUAUUUUGCAGCUUUAUGAUAUUCUGUAUGUAAUUGGAAUGCAUGUUACAGUAUGUGCAGCAGUUUCUCCGAAUUCUCCACAGAAGAAUGUUCCUUUGCGAUGUACUCCGUACAAAUUCGUCUCCAUAGACGACAAUGGAGACAGCAAAUGCCGUAGAUGUUCUGUUUGCCCCAAGGGAUUUCAAGUACAAACUGAAUGCAGCACUUACAACGAUACUGUUUGUGAGCAAUGUCCUUCCGGUUGGUAUAAUGACGUAAGCGGAAGUAACUGUAAACCAUGUUCUGAAUGUAAACCCGGUGAAUAUAUCCGGAGAGACUGUUCUGUCACACGUAAUACGUCAUGUCGUCAUUGUCCUAGGGACAUGAUAUCUGCCAGUACAAAUGCGAGUUGGUGUGUGCCAUGUAAACUAUGUAGACGAAAUGAAAAAAUGCUUUCCAAGUGUAAUGGUUCUCAAGAUACAACAUGCGGAGAAUGCAAAAAAGGUUUUUUCCGUGAAUCCUCCACGGGUAAUUGUCUUCUCUGUUCACACUGUCCCCCGACUGCACUACAGAACAGUGUUGUUCCAGAGUGUCGAGAGAAAUAUGGUAUUCACCAUCCGGACAUAUGCUGGCCAAGCGAUAUACAAUUCAGAUUUCCAGAUUUCAACAAAAUUUCACAAUCUUCUGACGGUGUAACCCUAGGCGACGAACAGAUCAAAAAAGAAAUACCACAGGAAACGUUACCUCUUAGUUUCAUCCUGGCAGUGUCUUGCACCUUGUUAUUAUGUUUAGUAGUACUUCUGUCUGCUUUCAUUUGUUUGAGAAUGUUACCAACCAGAUACUCGACUUUGAACCAACCAGUGCAUCUCGCCGCAGGGAUUUCAUCAAUUCCGAUGUCACGAGUUUAUGUGAACAGUGAGAGUUUAAACGAGAGCAAUGACUCGAUUAAAAUUGAUCACAGUGACAUUGAAUGCACUUAUUUUCCGGCUGACGGUGGCACGUGCGGUAACGAAAACCUUGUAGAUAUAAUACCGUUAAAGUCACUAGAAUCAACUAAACACCGUGAUGACAAAGGUUAUUUUGGGGACAUGCGGCCGAGAACUGGGUCUGUACCAGAGACUGCAAUGACUUUUAUAACUGCUUCAAGUUCAUUUAAAGAGACUUCGAAAGGGGACAAGCAAAUAUGUACGAACUGGGAACUUCCCCAAUUCCUCGGAAACAAAAUUUACGGAACGAUUUAAAAAGGAAAUCUGUUCCAUAUUAAUAUUUGUACAAUACGAUGUAGAGCUCGUGUGUACUGAAAAUAAUCAAAUUUUAACACGUUUAUCUCGACUACUGUAUGCUUACUGUACACCAAUUGACAAACUCCCCUUUUAUUUAUCUAAUACAGAUAAAAUUAAGUCAAAGUUAUCAAAAUAAAGGGAAGGCUGGAGA